AUGAGCUCCCUUGAUGAAACAGUUCCUUGGCAGGAAAGAGCCACCAAGAAGCGUCAAGAAUGUGCCAACAAAAUUCCACAUGAGUGGAAACUCUCAGAGCAGUUUCUGGCAGAGUUCAAAGCGCCGCUGUCAGAAAACAAGAACAAUCUGAUUCGCGCUCAAGCAAUUCGCAAAUCGGGCAUUCUGACCGAACAGGAAUUGAAAAUCACUGAAGAAUAUACAGUGACCAGUCUGAUUUCUGCGUUAGCAGAUGGAAGUCUGACAUCAGCAGAAGUGACACUGGCAUACUCCAAGCGGGCCGCGUUGGCUCAGCAAUUGGUAUCAUGUCUCACAGAAACUAUGUUCGAUCAGGCGCAGGGGCGCGCCCAGUAUCUUGACAACCUACGUGCGCAGGGCAAAUUGGCAGGACCUCUUCAUGGUCUUCCUGUCAGUAUCAAGGACAAUUUCAACUAUAAGGGAGAAGAAUCAACCAUUGGAAUGGUCGCGUUUUUGGAUGAAAAGGCAACAUCCAAUUCACCCCUUGUCGAUAUCCUACUAGAAUUAGGAGCAGUCAUCUAUGUGAAGACAAAUGUACCCCAGACAAUGAUGCUGAUAAUAUUCGUUUUGGUCAGACCACUGAUUCCCACAACAAUGUCUUCGAUCGAACUCUUAAUCCGUGGAACACGGCACUGGGGCCUGGUGGAUCUAGCGGCGGCGAGGGCGCUCUCAUUGCUCUACGAGGAUCUCCGCUUGGAGUUGGAACUGAUAUCGGAGGCAAGCUCUGUCCGAAUCCCUGCGCAUUGUUGUGGAAUCUAUGGAUUCAGACCAAGUGCUGCGCGAGUUCCGAAUGGUGGUAUGCGCGUCUGUACUACCAGCGGAAUGAAGUUCAUUCUUUCUUGUGCUGGUCCACUUUCAUCCGAUUUGAAUGGAAUCGAAACGUUCUUUGAGUCUGUUUUUAACGCUCAGCCUGCUCGUCUUGACUCCACUAUUAUUGACGUUCCAUGGAGGAAAGUGCCUACCAAAUCGACUCUUAGAAUCGGUGUGAUGCCCGAAUCCUCGGUCUUCCCUCUCCACCCCCCGAUUCGCAGGGUACUAGCCGAAGCUGUUCAGUUGUUAAAGGCACAGGGCCACCAAAUUAUCCAUCUGGACGAAAAGGACUGCCGCAUAUUGGAGUGCAAUGAGGUUGGAUGGGCUAUGUUCAAUCUAGAUCAGGGCGCCAAGAAGCGUAUCGAGUCAAGUGGAGAGCCCCCGGUGCCUGCGAUGCACUACAUCGGAAAGCAGGCUGCAAAGCUCCUUGGAUUUUAUAAGUCCUCAUUGCCAGACACAAGCUCUCUUGACCAAUUGCACAAACUGGCACUGCUCAACACUCGCAGAUCGGAAUUACGUGAGGCAUACCGAAAAUUGUGGGUGCACCAUGACCUUGAUAUCUGUAUCGCACCUCCCGCACAAACUACGGCAGUGCCACAUGAUACCUUUGGUGUUGCGCCAUAUACCACCCUCACGAAUGUGCUGGAUUAUCCAUCAUGCAUUCUUCCAUUCGGAAAAGUCGGCGAGGCAGAUGCGAAGGAGAGCUUUGCGCUCAAUGAUAACCAGCUUGGAGCUGAAUACAACUAUGAGCAACUUGAAGGGGCGCCAUGCUCUGUUCAACUAUUUACCACCACCAUGCGCGACGAGGAGUGCCUGCAAAUCGCCAAACAAAUUGAUGAGAUUCUGAGAAGGAAUGAGUAG